AUCAAAUAUGGCUGCACCUGAUUAUGAUUAAUUUCGUAAGAUUAGAGUGUUAGGAGAAGGUGCUUUUGGUAAGGCAAUAUUAGUAGAAGAUAUUAGAGAUGGGUAAUAUAUUAUUUGACAUUUAGCACUUAAUGGGUUAAAAAAUAAAUUGAUAUAAGUUCAAUGCUUUAAAAAGAAAAAGAAGAAACAAUUAAAGAAGCUAAAAUAUUACAACAUUUAGAUCAUCCAAAUAUAGUUAAAUUUAAAGAUGUAUAUGCAACUAAAUAAGGUAAAUUAUGUAUUGUAAUGGAAUAUGCUGAUGGUAUUAAAUUAUUAUAUUAUCUAGGUGGUGAUUUGGCUUUGAAAAUUAAAAAUUAGUAAGGGAAAUUAUUUAAAGAAUCUUAAAUACUUGAUUGGUUUACAUAAAUAUGUUUAGCAUUGAAACAUGUUCAUGAUAGGAAAAUUAUUCAUCGAGAUUUAAAAGGAUAAAAUAUCUUUUUAACUAAAUAAAAUAGAGUUAAAUUAGGAGAUUUUGGAAUUGCUAAAAUUUUAGGCAAUACUUUAGAAAAAGCUAAAACUUAAAUUGGAACUCCUUAUUAUUUAUCACCAGAAAUUAUUGAAUCAAAACCUUAUUCUUAAGCUGUAAUAUAUAUCAAUAAAUUAGAGCGAUAUUUGGUCAUUAGGAGCAAUCUUAUAUGAAUUAUGUGCUUUGAAACCUCCUUUCCUUGCAGAUAGUUUACAUUUCUUAGCUUUAAAAAUUGUUAAAGGACAAUUUACAUAAAUCCCUAAUGCUUUUACUAAAGAUAUGAAUAAUUUAGUCAAAUCAUUACUAUAAUUAUAACCAUAAAAAAGACCUAAUAUCAAUUAAAUUUUAAGUAACUUAUUUCUAAUUAAACAUUUAUUAGAAAUGCCAAUUAUAUCUUCGAGAAUGAAAGAAUUUUUAACUGAAAGUUAAUAAAAAGUAGAAUUUGCUCAUACUAUAUUACAUAAAUAGGUAAUUUUAUAAUAAUAAACUUAAUAUAGAAAAUCAAUUGUUAAGCAAACAUAACUGAUUUAAAAUUAAUUGAUGAAGAUAAUCUUAGACCUCCUCCUAAUUUAUUAAGUAAAUAAAAUAGUACUUAAUCGUAAUAAUUAUUGUAAUAACCAUAAUAAGUUCCAAAAUAACAAUAACAAUAAUAAUAAUAAUAAUAAUAUGUACCUUAAUAAUAGUUUAUUCCAAAAUAAUAACUACAAUAAUAAAAAGUAUAAUAAUAGUAAUAACAACCACCAAUUUAACAAUAGCAAAUAUAAAAAAAUAAUUAAUAAUAUUAAUAACAAUAAAAUAGAAAUAUUUAAGGUAGAUAAGAAAAACCAUUAGUUUAAUAACAUGUUAUGUAAUAACCAAAAUAAUAUGUAUAAUAACCAAGAAGGGAACAAUAAAAGCCUAAUUCUGCAGCCUAAUUAUAAAAAUAAAGAAACAGUAGUAAGAAUAAAUUAGUUGAUAAUGAAAGAUAAGAAUAAGAAAGAAAAAGAAUGCAGUAAAUAAAAUUAGAGGCUGAUCUUAGAAGAAAAGAAGAAGAAAAGAGAAAAUUAAUUAGACUUUAAUAAGAAGAGGAGGCAAAAAAAAGAUUAAAAGAUGAAUAAAAAAAGAAGAGAGAAUAGUACUAAAAAGAAAUGAGAGAUGAUCUACAAAAAAGAAGAUAAUAAAUAUAACAAUAAUAAUAAAGUUAACCAAACUUAGAAAAUGAACCAAAAUAUAUUGUUAGAUAAACAAUAUCUUAACCUGAACAUUUUGAUGAUAAUUAAUUAGAGGAAUAUAAUAGUGAUUAAGAAACUAAUGAAAUUGAAGGUUAAUAAAAUGAUAAAAAUAAAUAUGCUGAGAAAAAUUAAGAAGAUAAAGACAAUUUUGAAGAAUAUGAUGAAGAUAAUAGAAAUAUGGAUUAUGGAUUAGUAUAAGAAGAGAAUGAAGCAGAAAUAGAUGCAUUGUAAUAAGCAAUUUAAUGUAAAGAAUACGAAAAAGUGGUAUGAAGAAUUUCUUAAUUAUUAGAUGGAAGAAGUAUAGGAAACAAAUAAUAUUGUAAAUUAAUUAGAAGAUGCUUAAUUUGAAAAAAAAAGAUAAUAGAUUUUAGAAUAAUUUGAUUCUGAAGAAGUUGUUGACAUAGAUGACUUAGAAGAUGAUGAUGAAGAUUUUAAUUUAACAAAAUCUGCUGGAUAAACUAAUAUAGAAGUUGGUUUAGAUUAUUUUAAUAACCCUUAAGCAAUGAGAUCUUAUUUAUAAACUACACUUGGUAAAGAUCUAUUUGAUAAAAUUUAUAAGAUAACAUUAAAGUAAAUACUAAAUAUAUUUUUAGUGAUCUUUCCAAGUAUCAACUUGAUGAAGUCGAAAAAAUUAUAAACAAUAAUAACACUAAAUUAAUACAAUUGUUAACAAAGGAAGAAGCCAAAAGGUUUAUCCCUUUAAUGUUGUAAUUAGUACAUAAGGAAAAUAAUUAAUGA